ACUUGAUUAUCCAGCCCACCCGAAUCUUAAACCCUAGGUCCGAAAUAGAAUUGCUGAUUAUUACCGAGCAUGAUACACAUAUAAUGAAGACCGACUACAUUAGGAAACCUAGCAGCCGGCCUCAUUCUUCCUGAGAAAGUAGCACCGAAGCUUGCAUCUUUCGUGCAACCAGCAAUGGCUGACGUAGAACACGAUGUAGCGGCAGGGCAGCCAAAGAAGAGAACGUUCAAGAAGUUCAGCUUCAGAGGUGUGGAUCUUGAUGCCCUCCUUGAUAUGUCUACUGAUGAUCUCGUCAAGCUCUUCAGUGCCCGUGCCCGCAGAAAGCUUGGGAGAGGUUUGAAAAGAAAGCCUUUGGCUUUGAUUAAGAAGCUUCGCAAAGCGAAACUAGAGGCCCCACAAGGGGAGAAGCCGGAUCCAGUGAAAACUCAUUUGAGGAACAUGAUUAUUGUUCCAGAGAUGAUUGGUAGUGUUAUUGGAGUUUAUAAUGGGAAAACCUUUAACCAGAUUGAAGUGAAGCCGGAGAUGAUAGGGCACUACUUGGCUGAGUUCUCCAUUUCAUACAAGCCUGUCAAGCAUGGUAGGCCCGGUAUUGGUGCUACUCACUCAUCAAGGUUCAUCCCGCUGAAGUGAUGCAACUCAUUUCAGAGUUCUGCUUUUUGGGGAAACAUCAGAUCUAUUUUAAUUAAUAUUUCUAUUUCUCUCAACACAUGUAAUAGUGAAACUAGUUUUCAUUUGAGCUUACAGACAGUUGAUGGCGGAGUGAUUGUACUUGGUCUGUUUUUACAAAUGGGAAGCUCUUGAUAGCUUUAUGAUUUUGGUAUUGGUUACUUAAUCUCAUCUAAUUUUGUCAUUGGUUUAAGUUUAUGAAUAUCUGCCUUGGAUUUUCAAAGGCUUCUGCAGUUCUGCUCUAUGAACUGCAUAGUGGAUUAAUUGGUAGGAAUAUCAAUUGUACGGUGUGGACAGCGUUUGUACAUAACUAUUGAUGUAAAUGAAUGAUGUUUUCAUUUGAAUUGUUUUCCACCUCAAACUAGACUUGUUAUGUUUGGCACAAUGGUCUGGAGUUGGAGGCUAAUGUUUGAACCAG